AUGUCUUUGGAAGAGAAGUCUACCAUGGAGCCUAGCCAUGAUGCAAAGACUGAGCAGGACUUUGGAGAUGGUCAGGUCUCUGAAAUCACUUGGACCGAGGCCGAAGAGAGUGCUGUUAUCUGGAAACUCGACUUCACACUGAUGCCCCUUCUCGUUCUCGGAUUCUUCGCUCUUCAGCUCGAUCGAAGCAACAUUGGCAACGCCCUGACCGACACCCUAACGACCGACCUUGGAAUCACAAAGGACGAUGUCAACCUCGGAGACCAGCUGAUGAGCGCCGGCAUCAUCAUCGCCGAGAUUCCUUCCAACCUCGUUCUGCAGAAACUGGGAGCCCCAAUAUGGCUGACCGGCCAAGUUCUCGUCUGGGGAACCAUUGCCCUGACACAGGCGUGGAUCACCAAUAUGCCUUCGUUCUUGGCAACUCGCUUCCUGCUGGGCUUCUUUGAGGCUGGCUUUAUCCCCGGCGGCCAGUAUAUGCUGGCCUUGUUCUACCGUGAAAAGGAACUGGCUCUGAGAACUUCCAUUUUCUACUUUGGAAACUACUUUGCCACUGCUACUGGCUCGUUGAUCGCUGCCGGUGUUCUUCAGAUGGGAGGCAUGGCUGGCUACGCCGGCUGGCAAUGGCUAUUCAUCAUUGAGGGCGCCUUUACCCUUCUAGUCUUUCUCGUCUUCGUCUUGCUCCUUCCCCGAUCACCCGUCCACACGAAACCCAUUCACGGUCGAUUCGAUAUCUUCACGGAUCGACAGCGCGAAAUCAUGCACGGCCGAAUCCUCAGAGAAGACGCAUCCAAGACCGAAGCAAAAGCUCAAGUCACCUUCCGCGGCGUCUUCCAGGCUCUUACAGACUACAGGCUUUGGCUCCAUCUGGUUCUCAACCUGGCAGCUCUUGCUCCCAAGGGUGGUCUCCAGCUUUACGGACCGACUAUCAUUCGAAGCUUGGGAUUUAGCAAGAUUCAUGCGAACUUGCUCAACUCCGUCAGCAGUUUUCUUGUUGUGUUCCUCAGUUUUGCCAUUGCUUGGGCGUCGGAUAAGACGAAGCAACGUGGACUAUGGUGCAUGGUCGCUUUCGUCUGGAGCAUCACCUUCGGAGGCGCCUUAUUCGGAUCUGUGAGCAAAGGGAAGUGGACCAAGUACUCCCUCUUCACCAUGUUGAGCAGUGGAAAUGCCCUAUCUCAAGGUCUCAACGAUGCUUGGCUGAGCAUCAACGUUCGAUCUGCCGAGAAGCGCAGCAUUGGUCUCGCACUGGCCGUGAUUGGAAGCAACGCUGGCGGAUUGGCAGGAAAGCAACUUUUCCGGGAGAGUGAUGCGCCCAAGUAUACCCGUGGAUUCCUGGCGAUUGUGCUUCUUUACGUUGCGUGCUUACCUAUUACUGGUGUCAUUAUGUGGGUGUAUCGGCGACAGAAUAAGAAGCUUGACAGGCACCAGAGAUACCAGCUAUAG